CAAGAAGAAAAAAGAAAGAAAGAAAGAAAGAAAGAAAGAAAGAAAGAAAGAAAGAAAGAAAGAAAGAAACUCGUCAUCAUGGGACAAACCGCUUCUGCUGCUGACUUAAAUCAGAAGAUGAGUGACUGUGAGAAGGAAGAGGAGGGCAGAGCAGAGUCUGCAGUGUCCAGCUGUCUGUCCAUGAAGAGCGACCGGUCUAGAAGAGAACCUCCAUUCUUCAGUGCUGAACCUGGACCUUCAGACACAAAAGGUUCCUACCACAGAGCAGAGUCUGCAGUGUCCAGCCGUCUGUCCAUGAAGAGUGACUGGUCUAAAGAUCGACCUCCAUUCUUCAGUGUUGAACCUGGACCUUCAGACACAAAAGGUUCCUGCCACAGAGCAGAGUCUGCAGUGUCCAGCUGUCUGUCCAUGAAGAGCGACUGGUCUAAAGAUCGACCUCCAUUCUUCAGUGAUGGACCUGGACCUUCAGACACAAAGGACAGGAAAAGGAGUCGAGGUGAUGUGAAGGAGCAGCUGUCCUGCUGUGCUUUGUGCCAGGAGCUCCUGAGGGAUCCAGUCUCCACCAGCUGUGGACACUGGUUCUGCAGACGGUGCAUCACCUCAUACUGGGACCAGUCUGAUCCAUCAGGAGAUCCUGCCUGUCCCCAGUGUGGAGAAAGAUCCAGAACAAGACCUGGACUGCAGACACCCAGUCAAACCAGCCCAGUGGACGGCGGUCUGCAGGAGGUUUUAGACGAGCAUAAGAUCAGUCUGAGGAGGAGAUGUGAAUUUGUGACAGAAGGAACUGCUGCAGCAGGAAGUGGAACCCCCCUCAACAGGAUCUACACUGAGCUCUACAUCACACAGGGACGAAGGGAAGAGGUUAAUACCCAACAUGAGGUGUGGCAGCUGGAGACAACAUCCAAGAUGGAGACCCUCCAUGACACUCCAAUCCGGUGCCAGGACAUCUUUAAAGCCUUACCUGGCCAAGACACACACAUCAGAGUAGUUGUGACGCAGGGCGUUGCCGGGAUUGGGAAAACCUUCUCAGUGCAGAAGUUCACUCUGGACUGGGCAGAGGGCUUGGAAAACCAGCAUGUCAGUCUUGUGGUUCUGCUUUCGUUCCGGGAGCUGAACUUGAUCAAAGAUGAGCGCUACAGUCUUCUCCAGCUGCUCCGUGUUUUCCAUCCAACAUUACAGACGGUCACAGCAGAGAAGCUCGCCGUCUGUACAGUCGUGUUCAUCUUUGACGGCCUGGAUGAAAGCAGGUUUUUAUUGGAUUUCCAGAACAAUGAGGUCGUGUCUGAUGUCACACAGACGUCAUCAGUAGACGUGCUGUUGACAAACCUCAUCAAGGGGAAGCUGCUUCCCUCGGCUCUCCUCUGGAUAACUUCCAGACCUGCGGCGGCCAAUCAGAUCCCUCCUACAUGUGUUGACAGGGUAACAGAAGUCCGAGGGUUCACUGACCUCCAGAAGGAGGAGUACUUCAGGAGGAGAUCCAGUGAUGAGGAGCUGUGCAGCAGAAUCAUCUCACACAUCAAGGCGUCCAGGAGCCUCCACAUCAUGUGCCACAUCCCAGUCUUCUGCUGGAUCACUGCUACAGUUCUGGAGCACAUGUUGACUACAGACCAGAGAGGAGAGCUGCCCAAGAGCCUGACUGACAUGUACUCACACUUCCUGCUGGUUCAGACACAGAGGAAGAAGCACAAGUACAAUGAGAGACAUGACAGGAGUCAGCAGGAGCUGAUGGAGACUGACAGGGAAGUUCUUCUGAAGCUGGGCAGGCUGGCGUUUGAACAUCUGGAGAAAGGCAACCUGAUGUUCUACCAAGAAGACCUGGAGGAGUGUGGUCUUGAUGUCACAGAGGCCUCGGUGUACUCAGGAGUGUGCACAGAGAUCUUCAAAACCGAGUGUGUGCUCUUCCAGAGAAAAGUCUACUGCUUUGUUCAUCUGAGCAUUCAGGAGUUUCUGGCUGCAGUCUACAUCUUCCACUGCUACACCAACAGCAACACAGAGGUACUGGCCAGAGUCAUGAGGGAAGAAUGUGAUGACAGAAAGCCAUCGUUGGAUAUCUUCCUGGAGAGAGUCAUGUCUGAAGCCCUGCGGAGCAAAAAUGGUCACCUGGACCUCUUUGUCCGUUUCCUUCAUGGCCUCUCACUGGAGUCCAACCAGAGGCUCUUAGGAGGCCUGCUGGGUCAGACAGAGAGCAGACCAGAAGACAUCCAGAGAGUCAUCAACAACCUGAAGGAGAGGAACACCUCCAGUGUCUCACCUGACAGAAGCAUCAACAUCUUCCACUGUUUGAUGGAGAUGAACGACCUCUCAGUAAAUGAGAAUAUCCAAAAGUUCCUGAAGUCAGAGAACAGAUCAGAGAAGUGGCUCUCUGAGAUCCAGUGCUCAGCUCUGGCCUACAUGCUGCAGAUGUCAGAGGAGGUUCUGGAUGAGUUGGACCUGAAGGAGUACAACACAUCAGAUGAGGGACGAGGGAGACUGAUCCCAGCUGUGAGGAACUGCAGGAAGGCUCGACUUUCUGGCUAUGGACUCUCAGAGACUCACUGUGAAACUGUGGCCUCGGCCCUGAAGUCCAACCCCCAUCUGACAGAGCUGGACCUGAGUGAGAACCAGCUGCUGCAGGAUUCAGGAGUGGAGCUGCUGUCUGCUGGACUGGAGAGUCCAAACUGCAGACUGAAGACUCUCAGACUGAGUGACUGCAGGUUGACAGGGAGCAGCUGUGCUUCUCUGGCCUCGGCUCUGAAGUCCAACCCCCAUCUGACAGAGCUGGACCUGAGUGGGAACGAGCUGCAGGAUUCAGGAGUGAAGCUGCUGUCUGCUGGACUGGAGAGUCCAAACUGCAGACUGGAGCUGCAGACAGAUGGUCUCCUUCAGCGCUGCUACAGGUUAGAAGUAGAGAGUAAUGAGUCCUCUCAGAGCCAGGGUGAUCUACAGAUACCCCAUACAGAACAUGGCACAACACUAACCUGUAAAAAGUGUCUCACUUUUUAUGAGACCUAUGUUGAGCUAAGCCCUGCCCAGAUAGAGAAGCUGACCGAGGAGACCCAAGUGCAGAGUGCAUCACAACUGUGGCACGAUGCAAGGAAGCUUCGACUGACUGCCAGCACAGCAAAGAAAGUCCCCAAACGGAGCAGAACUAACCCACAAAAAUUCCUCAACGAACACUUACACCCCACCUUCACUGGCAACACAGCAACAAAUUAUGGCAAAGAGAAUGAGGAAAAAGCCAUUCAGCUCAUGGAAGGACAGGGGCACACUGUGGAGAGGAAAGGCCUGGUGGUGUGUCCUGACCAUCCCUGGUUUGGAGCCAGCCCAGAUGGAAUUUUGGACUCCACACAGCUCCUCGAGAUUAAGUGUCCACUGAAGUGUCCCAUUGCAGACUUUCUCAGUCGGCCAAAUGGUGAUAUCAGAUGCUCAAGUGAUGGGAACUAUGUCAUUUUCCCUAAUGGACCAAGUGGAUACUACCUCCAGACACAGCUGACAAUGAUGUGCCUGGGUCUACAGAGCUGCAAGCUGGUCAUCUGGACACCAACUGAGCACCUGGAGCUGGACAUGCCAUUUGACAAAGACUAUGCAGAUCAGGUCCCUGAUUGUGAAACCACGGUCCCCCAUCACCUCGUCUCCAGCACGCAAGUAGUCCAGAAACCCUGA